CAAAUUGCAUCUUUUGCCCCCAAACAGAGCAAGUCUAGCUCCUCUAAGCUUCCACUUUCCACCCAAAUUUUCUAAAAGAAAGAGACAGAGGUCGAAAGUCGAAACACUUAGUUGCCUCUAUUGUAUUUGUAACCUUACAAAAUGCCGAUCAAAGGGAUGAGGAGCCUCUGCUUACGUGCCCUGAAGGCGCCGUCGUUCUCCAUUUCAGGCCAUCCGUCUUCACCUUCCAGAGCCUCCCAAUUAAGUCCACACCGGAGUUCUUCGGAAUCCAUGUUCGAACAAACCGUUGAAGCCGCAACUUCGAUCAUCAUGAAAUGGAAUCCAGACACAUCAAGUUACGCCAGAGUUACUUCUCUCUUUUACUCUUGUAAAAGUGAGGCGAAGCAAUUCUUGAAAUGCGUUAACGAUCUGCAGAAGGCUAUGCAUUUGUUAGUUUCCGACGAUUCGGCAUCGGAGAAGCUGAUUCAAGCUCAAAAUCUCAUGCAGAUUGCGAUGAAGAGGCUCCAGAAAGAGUUCUACCAGAUUCUUUCAAUGAAUCGAGCUCACUUGGAUCCUGAAUCAGUCUCGGCGCGAUCAUCACGCGCCUCGACUAGAUCGAGGACGUCUGAUUACGAAGAUAACGGCUCACCAGACAAUGAGAUUCGCAACGCAGGCGAUUCCAUCUCCGAAGUAGAGGAAGUUUCCUCCAUAGCCAUGGCGGAUCUGAAAUCAAUUGCCGACUGCAUGAUCUCCUGUGGUUAUGCUAAAGAAUGUGUAUACAUUUACAAAAUUAGCCGCAAAUCCAUUAUCGAUGAAGGUAUCUACCGGCUCGGAAUCGAACGAAUCAGCUGCUCUCAGAUUAACAAGAUGAAAUGGGAUGUGUGGGAUUUGAAAAUCAAGAGUUGGUUAGAGGCGGUGAAGAUCUCGAUGAGAAAGCUCUUCCACGGAGAGCGAAUUCUCUGCGACCACGUUUUCUAUGCCUCGGACUCCAUCAGAGAAUCUUGCUUCGCCGAUCUAUCUAGAGAAGGAGCCACACUUCUCUUUUCGUACCCCGAACUGAUCGCCAAAACGAAGAACUCGCUAGCGGAGAAAAUGUUCCGCGUGCUUGAGAUGUACACGGCAAUAUCAGAACACUGGCAAGAAAUUGAAUCGAUCUUCUCUUUUGAAUUAACCUCCCCCAUCCGAUUACAGGCUCUGAACUCGCUCAUCCGACUCAACGAGUCAGUCCACUCACUGCUCGCGGAUUUCGAGUCCACAAUCCAGAAGGACUCGUCGAAAGUGCUGGUCCCCGGCGGUGGCGUGCAUCAACUGACACUCGACACGACGAAUUAUCUUUCUCUCAUUACCGACUUCGGCAACGUCCUCACCGAUAUUUUUGCCGACUGGCGACGACCGGCGAAGUCUGUAUUACCUGAACCGUACUUCGAUAGUGCAGUUUCAGAUGAUUCUACGGCACCGGCGAUCUCCCUGAGGAUAGCGUGGCUGAUACUUGUGCUCCUCUGCAAGCUCGACGUAAAAGCGAAGCGCUACAAAAGCGGCUCCCUGUCGUAUCUGUUCUUAGCAAACAAUCUCGAGCACGUAGUCGCCAGAGUCCGUAGCUCAAAUCUCCAAUACCUCCUCAGCGAGGAGUGGAUCGCGAAGCACGAAGCCAAAGUGAGGCAAUUUACCGCAAAUUACGAGCGGUUAGCAUGGGGCCAAGUGCUCGCUUCGUUACCGGAGAAUCCAACAGCUGCGAUUUCAUCCGAAGAGGCGAAGGAGUACUUUAGGAAAUUCAACUCCAGUUUUGAAGAGGCGUAUUGGAAACAAAAAUCCUGUGUCAUACCGGAGCAGAAACUUCGAGACGAUAUAAAGGUUUCGAUCACGAGUAAGCUGCUACCGGUGUACCGGCAGUUCUAUGACACGCACGGGUUAACGUUCGGAGAAGAAGAGAGGAACAGAAUGUUAUUUGUCAAAUUUACCCCUGAAGAAUUGGGAAAUUACUUAUCAGAUUUGUUCUUCGGGGCAGGUAAUUCGGGAAGUUCAUCUUCGUCAUCGUCUCUCCGAAAACACCGCGAUCGCCGUUGAGACCUUAGAUGUUUUAUCGAUAAUAAUGCUUUUUUUUUUUUCUAUCAAAUCGUCAGCCUAUGAGGUAUACUU